UCUCUUCCCGAUAAUUACGAAGGGGCCCUACGCCAGACCCCGAUUGCAAUUAAAAGGUUGCAGAAAUAUUCUUUGUUGGAAUCAGACGAGGGAGGACAGGAAGAGCUCCGCGAUGGAGGAAUGGAAGGAAGAAGACGGCGGCGACGAUACAUUCGCCGCAGCGAGAUCCGGCAAUCAUAACCUCCCACGAAAAGUGCAGUCCUACAGCCAGCCACUGGGCCGAGAUGCGACACCCGCAGGCUCCGUUUCCAAGUUUAACGUAAACCGUAAGCACAGUCUCGAUGAAUUAAUUAAUCCCUUCUACGUGAAUCCGUUCGCCGGCAAUCGUGUAGCCGAUGCCUCAUUGGACGGUACCAACGCGGGCCGAUCCCUCUCGUACCCUCACCACUUGGUCUCCCCUUCGUCUUCCGGCCAGCACAAGCAGUCCAAUUCCGUGGAGGACAUUCGCUUACAACAUCCUCACCUUCCCCCGCCUCUUCCUCCUAUUUAUCAUCCCAUCGGCGGCUCUCUCGGCAGCUCCGUCCCCUUCGCGCUCGACCUUCGGUGCGGGAGCUAUGGGAGCUCCCUUUCUGAAAGCGACGAAACCCUCACACUUGAGCGCGCCAUGUCGGAGUUCGGUGGCGCACCUGGGACGCUACCAGAGUUCAUGGGCAAAGGCGGAGGUACCGGGAUUUUCCGCUUGCCGUUCCGCGCAGCGGUGCACCCCAGUCGGCCUCCGGUGCUUGAGCUCCGUCCGCAUCCACUCCGGGAGACGCAGGUGGGCUCUUUUCUCCGAACAAUGGUUUGCACCGGCACGCAGCUUUGGGCGGGCCAGGAAACUGGAUUGCGUUUCUGGAACCUCUCCGAGGUAUACGAAGCUUGGAAUGGUCGGCCAGCGAAGAAGGGGGACGAGGCGAGCGCCCCAUUUUACGAAUCCGGCCGUACUUCGCCUGUGGUUUGUUUGGUGGCUGAUGCGGCGAGUGGGUUUGUGUGGAGUGGACACAAGGAUGGAAGGAUUAGAUCAUGGAUAAUUCCAAAGUCGGGAUUGGAGAGUUUUUCAGGGGAAGGUGCUGAGUAUGAGGAUAAAAGAUUUCCGGAGAACAGCAUUGCUGCAGGAUCUGGUGAUCCUGAAUCGCUUUUUAGAGAAGGUCUCUCAUGGCAGGCGCAUCGCACCCCUGUGCUCUCUAUGAUUAUCACUUCGUAUGGUGAUAUUUGGACUGGUUCUGAAGGUGGGGUGUUAAAAGCCUGGCCUUGGGAAUCUAUUGAAAAGUCCCUUAGUCUAACAAUUGAAGAAAGACAUAUGGCUGCUUUGCUGGUUGAGAGGUCAUAUGUUGACCUUAGGAGUCAGGUCACGGUGAAUGGUGUUUGCUCCCUUCCUGCAGUUGAUAUCAAGUAUCUAUUAUCUGAUAAUUCUAGGUCUAAAGUGUGGAGUGCAGGCAGUCUAAUUUUUGCAUUAUGGGAUUCUCGGAAAAGGGAACUUUUAAAAAUAUUUAAUAUUGAUGGUCAGAUGGAGAAUCGGGUUGAUUUAGCACAAUCACAGGAGAACCAUGUGGAAGAUGAGAUGAAGAUGAAGUUUACAAAGAAGGAAAAAUCUGGUUCUUUGAGUUUUUUCCAACGAUCACGAAAUGCUCUGAUAGGAGCUGCUGACGCAGUUCGGAGAGUUGCACAAAAAGGAACGUUUGGCGAAGAUCGAAAGACAGAAGCAAUAGUUUUAGCAAUGGAUGGUAUAAUUUGGACUGGAUGUACAAAUGGCUCACUUUUGCAGUGGGAUGGAAAUGGAAAUAGAGUACAGGAAGUGCAACAUCAUUCUUCCGCUGUGAAGGCUUUGUGUGCUUUUGGCACCCGUUUAUGGGUGGGCUACGUGAGUGGUACUGUUCAAAUAAUGGACCUUGAAGGAAAUUUACUUGGUGGAUGGCUUGCUCACAGCGCUCCAGUUAUAAAGAUGGUUGUUGGAGCAUCAUAUAUUUUUACAUUAGCUAGCCAUGGAGGAGUUCGUGGAUGGAGUCUUACAUCACCUGGGCCCAUUGAUGAUAUACUGCGGACGGAACUGUCAAGUAAAGAACUUGUUUACACAAAAGUGGAAAAAAUUAAAAUUUUGGCAGGCACUUGGAAUGUUGGACAAGAAAGAGCUUCUCAUGAUUCUCUUAUUUCAUGGCUUGCUAGUGCAGCAACAGAAGUUGGAUUAGUUGUUGUUGGCCUUCAAGAAGUGGAGAUGGGUGCUGGUUUUCUUGCAAUGGCAGCGGCAAAAGAGACUGUGGGACUUGAAGGCAGCGCCAAUGGGCAAUGGUGGCUGGAUACUAUUGGUAGAACCUUAGAUGAGGGAACAUCUUUUGAACGUGUUGGCUCCAGGCAGCUAGCAGGGUUGCUUAUUGGUGCAUGGGCCAGAAAGAAUCUUCGGUCAAAUGUUGGUGAUGUUGACGCUGCAGCUGUAGCAUGUGGAUUUGGAAGAGCAAUUGGCAACAAGGGAGCUGUUGGGUUGAGAAUGAGGGUCUUUGAUCGAGUUUUUUGCUUUGUGAAUUGUCAUUUUGCUGCUCACUUGGAAGCUGUCAGUAAGAGGAAUGCAGAUUUUGAUCAUGUUUAUAGAACUUUAUCCUUCACCCGGCCUUUUGUCGGACCAAACCCAGGCUCAGCUGGUGCUACAUCUGUUCAAGUGCAUCGGGGUGGAUAUUCAACUGCUUCUCAAUCAGAUGAAAAACCUGAGUUGUCCGAUGCAGAUAUGGUUGUAUUUAUGGGUGAUUUCAAUUAUCGUCUAUUCGGCCUCUCUUAUGACGAGGCAAGAGAUAUGGUCUCUCAAAGAUGUUUUGACUGGCUUAGAGAUAAGGAUCAGCUUCGCGCAGAAAUGAAGGCGGGCAAGGUUUUUCAAGGAAUGCGGGAGGGUCAGAUAAAAUUUCCGCCCACCUACAAGUUUGAAAAGCACCAGCCUGGUCUAUCAGCAUAUGAUUCUAGUGAGAAAAAGCGUAUUCCUGCAUGGUGUGAUAGAAUACUAUAUCGCGACAAUCGUUCCAUUUCAGUAGCUGAAUGCUCAUUGGAAUGCCCUGUUGUUUCAUCAAUUGCACUUUAUGAUGGUUGUAUGGAUGUGACGGACAGCGAUCACAAACCUGUUAGAUGUAUUUUCAGUAUUGAAAUUGCACGUGUUGACAGAAGAGUAAAAAGGCAAGAGUUUGGAGAAAUACUUCAAUCACAUCAGAAAAUUAGUUUUUUGUUGAAGGAAUGUAGCAUUAUUCCAGAAACAGUUGUAAGCACAAACAACAUCAUCUUGCAAAACCAGGAUACUUCCAUUCUCCGUAUUACUAAUAAAUGUACCAAGCGCAAGGCUAGUUUUGAAAUCAUCUGCAGAGGCCAGUCUACGAUGAGUGAUGAUGGAAGUCCAUAUAAACUUUGUACAAAGGGCUCUUUUGGCUUUCCUAACUGGUUACAGGUCCAACCUGCUGCUGGAAUAAUCAACGCCGGCCAAACCAUGGAAGUGACGGUCAACUACGAGGACUUCUGCACGCAAGAAGAAUUUGUUGAUGGAAUCCCCCAGAAUUGGUGGUGCGAGGACACAAGAGACAAGGAGGUAUUGCUGGCAGUGAAAGUGAGAGGCAGCUAUUCAACAGAGACAACAUUCCACUGUGUCCAUGUUCGCCAUUGUAAUCAAAGCAAGACAUCAUGUACUGAUACGACAGUGAGUUCCAGAAGAUUUCAGGCAAACCCCCAACAGAACUACACCAAUUCUUCUAAUAUUUGCCAUAUGCGUUACUCGUGAAGGAUAAAAAAGAGGUCUCUGCCUCUGCGUUUUGGAACCCUGUCCAGAAACUCUCAAGACUUGGAGGUAUUCU